AUGGUUUUUGACGUUUCUCUGCAUCACAUGGGGAAGUUCAUGAAGAAUAACAGACUACAAUAUGUGAGAGGAGAAAUACAUGUUAUAAAAGGAAUUGAUCCCAACAGGUGGUCUUACUUUGAAGCAGUGAGAUUUGUUAAAGAAUUCAAAUAUGAUAUAGAGUUCAAGCUAUGGUGGAAGGGGUUGAAACAAAAGCUGAUGAGCAAUCUGAGAAUACUCAGUAAUGACAGCGAAGCAAUGUUGUUGGCUAACUACGCAGAGGAAAAUAAUGACGUGGUUGAAAUCUAUGUCCAACACGUUCCUAGUGAGGCAGUUGAAGUUAAGUUUCUUAGUUUUGGUGAAGAGGCAGAUGAAGUGGACAUACAGGAGAUGGAGGAAGAGGUGAAUAUGGGUGACGAAGAAGAGGUUAUUGUGGAUGAACAAGACGCUAAUGUUGGUGAACAAGAUGCUAAUGUGGAUGAAGAAGAUGUUUAUGUUGGGGAAGAAGAUGGUUAUGUGGAUGAAGAAGAUGCAUGUGUUGGUGAACAAGAUGACGUAGUGGAUGAAGAAGAUGCUUAUGUUGGUGGGGUGGAGGGGAAUGUGGAAGUAGAAGACGUCCUAAUGGAUGACCAAGAGGAAGAGGGGAAUGCUUAA